AUGGCAAAUGGCAAUCCUUCAAUUAAAAAUAGUCAGCAGACUAAUGUAAUCGUUGUCACAGAAGAUGAUGAAGCAUUUCAAACGAUUAUUUCUCUUGUUAAAAAAUCCAACAAUGGUAACACAUCAAACAAUGUGGUAAAACGAGUUAUCCCCGAAUCAAAUGUUGAUCACACACCGAUUUCAUACAAACGUCGUAAAGCUGAUUUGACUUGUAUGGUAUGUAAUGGUCGAUGUUCGGGAUACAAUUUCAGUGUUAUUUCCUGUGAAUCAUGUAAAGCUUUCUUUUAUCGAAAUGCGUCUGAAAACUUGAAUGUUCUAAAAUGCUUAACUGGCACUAAUGAUUGCAACAUAGAAUGCAACAACAAACGUAAAAUGUGCAGACGUUGUCGACUUCAGAAGUGUUUGUCAGUUGGUAUGAAAUGUGCGUCGAACGCAGAUCAACGAUUGAAUAAACAACGACAUAUGGAAGAGAACCGGCGAUUAGCUACUAUGCAAUCGAGCGUGACAAGUAUUUCUCUCGAGGAUAUUGAUGAAUCGACAGAUGAAUAUGCAACAGUGUUGAUAUCGCAAAACAAGUCAACUGUGGAACAAUCUCAUACUACUCACCAGUACUUCCUCACCUUCGAUGAUUUUAAUCGUAUUAAUUCACUUACACGUUCCUAUGAAAGAGCUUUCCGAUUCUCAACAGUCAGAUAUGAUGCAUCUGUGUUCGAUCGUAUAACUGACCGACGUACGGGUUUACUUCAUACAACAUCGAUCUUCUACGACAUGGGUAUGCAAUUGAUUACAUUUAUUCGAAGUAUUCCAGAAUUCGAAUCACUCAAUGAACAAGAUCGAUUUAUCUUGGUGAAAUAUAACGCUCCUCUGACACUUUACGUUCGUUUAUGUCUACAUUAUGACCUACAAAAGGAGCUCGUGAUAGUUUCAGAAGUUGAAAAUGAAGAACAUGCGGUGGUUUGCAAAAAAUUGUGUUUGUAUUCUUUUGGAAAUCAGAUAGAAUCGUUAUCGACUGAGCUAUUUCGAUCGAUCAAGAAGAUUACUGGAGACGAUCCAGUGAUUUUUCAACUGAUGUUGGUUAUAUUAACAUUUACUAAAAGUGUCACAGCUGAAGAUCUUAUCAUGAAUGAUCAACCGGUUCUUGUGAAUAGCAAACAAGUGUAUGAGAUACAAUCCACCUAUGCCAAUCUUCUCUUUCGCUAUAUGCUUCAAAAAUAUUCAACGUAUAAUCAAGCAGCGUGUCAGUAUUCAAUAUUGAUACAAAAGAUACUUCAAAUACAAGUCUUAGUACGAGCAUAUCAAGAGUUUUUACACGAACAACUAGUUGACAGCGGGGAUGAUGAAAUAAAUCCGAUUAUAAAAUCAAUAUUACGUCUAUAA